CCCUCCAGAGGACCGGGGUAUGUGCAGCCUGUCUCUGAGUUCGGGGCUGACGUACAAAACGUCAGCGGGCGGCAGGAGGAACAUCAGGAUGAAGAAGAAAAAGAAAGGUGUGAUCACUGCCAACUUCUCCGGCACCAAGUACCAAAUAGUGCGUCUGGCCAUCCUGGACACGGGCUUCACACGGGCGCGGGAGGAGGACGAGACGGCCAACCUCAUCUGGAACGAUGCAGCUGUACAGCAGGAACGCAUCGCGGACCUCGGCAACUACCAGAGGAUCAACCACUUCCCGGGUAUGGGUGAGAUUUGCCGCAAGGACUGCCUGGCAAGGAACAUGGCCAAGAUGAUCAAGAGCCAGUCUCAGGAGUACUGCUUCACCCCCAGGACGUGGAUCUUCCCGGCCGAGUACACCCAGUUCCAGAACUGCAUCAAGGAGCUACGCAAAAAACGCCGGCAGAAAACCUUCAUCGUCAAACCAGCCAACGGCGCCAUGGGUCAUGGGAUAUCGCUGAUACGGAACGGGGACAAGCUGCAAGCCCACGAGCAUCUGAUCGUGCAGGAGUACCUGGACAAACCCUUCCUGCUGGAGGGCUACAAGUUCGACCUCCGCAUCUACAUCCUGGUCACCUCCUGCGACCCGCUGCGGAUAUUUCUGUACAACGACGGGCUGGUGCGGAUGGGCACGGAGAAGUACCACGCGCCCACCGACGCCAACUUGAGCCAGCUCUUCAUGCACCUGACCAACUACUCAGUCAACAAGCACAACGAGAACUUUGGGCGUGCGGAGCAGGCAGACCGGGGCAGCAAGAGGUCCAUCCACUGGUUCACCGAGUUCCUCCGCACCAACGAGUACGACGUCGGAAAGUUCUGGAACGACGUCUCUGAGCUGGUGGUGAAGACGUUGAUCGUGGCGGAGCCGCACGUGUUACACGCGUACCGCAUGUGCCGCCCAGGCCAGCACCCCGGCAGCAGCAGCGUUUGUUUCGAGGUCCUCGGCUUCGACAAUCUGGAUCGCAAACUCAAACCCUGGCUCCUCGAGAUUAAUCGAGCUCCGAGCUUUGGGACGGACCAGAAGAUCGACUACGACGUGAAGAAAGGGGUCUUAGUCCACGCCCUGAAGCUGCUGAACGUACGAACCAGUGACAAGCGGAAGAACCUGGUCCAGCAGAAAGCCGAGGCCCAGAAACGACUGUACGGGCAGGGGACGGGCAAACGCCUAUCGCCAGGGUCCUCCGAGUGGGAGCGGAAGAGGCACUCGCUGCAGAGGAGGCGGGAGGAGCUGAAGGAGAGACUAGCCCAGGUCCGUAAACAGAUCUCACGGGAAGAGCACGAGAAUCAGAAUCUCGGCAACUACAGGAGGAUUUACCCUCCAGACGACAAGCAGCUGCUGGAGAAGUACGAGAACCUGCUGUGCGUGGCGUUCCAGACCUUCCUGGCCAGCAGGGCGGCCUCUCUACAGAAGGAGCUCAGCAACCCACUCAAACACAUGAAGGAGGAAGACAUCUUGGAUCUGCUGGAGCAGUGCGAGGAGGAUGACGAGAAGUUGCUGGGGAAAUCGGCACGACAACGUGGGCCCAAGCCGUUAUUCUCCAUGCCGGAGACGACCGACGCCAUCCCCAGGAAACAGAAGGGAGACAGCAGCUCGAGCGGAAACAGCAGCUGCUCCUCCGAUUCCGAGGAGGUGCCGGCGGAUGAGAAGAAAAUGAAGGAAUUGUCCGUAGAUCUCCGAGACAGGAUUUAUAGGAGCAGGGAGGUUCUACUGCAGUUGUACAGGAGGAACCCACUGGCGUUGAGGAAGAAGCCCCCUCCUUGUGUGGCACCGGCCGUCUCCGUGCCAAUUAGACGUUCCACCUCUUGCCCCCGCGCCAUCUCGUCCUUGGCACCGCAGGCCCAGUCGCCGGGGGCGGAGCCAAGGUCCACGUCCGCCAAACCCGCCGCGGCCGUGUCCAGGCUCGCUGCUGGGCUACGGUCACAGUCUCUCAACCGCAACGCAGUCUCGCAGCAGAUGCCGCACAGUCUCAGCCUGGGCACCAUCCACUCUGGGCCAGUAACCUACUGCCAACUUGACCAUGUAACAAAGGAACAGGAAGAAGAAUUAACGAGGGAAACGCUGGCCGCCCUCAAUGAGAUGAGGAUCAGGUUCCCAGGGAAAUUGAAGGAAGAAGUGGAGGUGUUGUUGGAUGAGAUAUUGGACAACUGGAAGUAUCACAAACCAAAGGUAGCAACCCAUUGGCUGGUGAAACUGGACUCCACAAAGCAACGCAAGGUGUUGGACAUUGUGAGGGCCCAGGUCCGGGCCAUCGUGCAGCGGGUGUGGAGGACCCAGGACGUGGAGGCACUCCGACCCUACCGCAUCUUCAACCGAGUCUUCAGCCGCUUGCUGUGGAGUCACGGGCAGGGCCUGUGGAACUCGUUCUCCAACUCUGGGAGCUUGUGGGAGACCAUGUUGAACAGGAGCGCGACUGGCAUCACCCCCCUGGAGCUGCAGUGUUGCCAGAGGCUGGUGCAACUGUGUAAGGACUGCCUGCUCCUCGUUUACCACUAUGCUGCCGACUUCAAGGGAUCCCUGCCGGGCUUCAUCCUCGAAUGGGAACAGCACAGGUCGCUGCCGCCCUCUGGCCUCCAGUUGACCAUGAAGACCUUGCCGACGGGCUUUGGGUGCGUGGGCUUGCCUCGAUCGCAGAGCCUCUACGCCGGGAGACUGGGCCAGCGCUGAGCCGCCGUUGAUGGCGUCCAGAGUUACCGCCUUGAAGAGAGGGUCUGGACUACAGGGAGAAGAGACCUCCUGUCUGGCUACCUCUUGCAGUGUUGCACAAAUGGGUGGGGGGGUGGGGGGGGGGGGGGGGGGGGGGGGGGAUGG